UGGCGACAAUAAUAAAAAUGGAUACUGUUUACUCCAUAGAUAAUAUAUAAAUGUCAAUUUAUUAGCUGUUUGCUUACUCCACAGAGUAAAAUAUAUACGCCUUGCAUAUGUGUCUGAAAACAUGUCCGUAUUUGUGAUAAGUGAUAACGAUUAAAGUCCCGCGUUGCAUUAUCGAUUUAUCGCGACCCGCGAGAACUUUUUUAACAUUUAGUAUUUACUUACUGGUACUAUUAAUUAUUCAGGGCACCAAAUGUCGUCAUUGAGUUGUUCCAUUACUACCCUUAUAGCUUGUACGCAAACCCAAGUAUUGCGAACAACGUAAUGUCUAAAAAAUAUAUCGUAUACAUCAAAUCACUUUUCAUAUUUCUAUAACCCCGGGCAACGACACGUAUUCAUUCUGUAGUUUACUUGUGAUCGCUAGUACUAGACGCGCCAUGUCCUCCAAAGUGAAUGCGGAGCAAAAAAAACUUGCUGGUAAAUCUACAAUCAUCAUCGAUGUCAAAGAAAAUGAUGAUGAAUUCAAUGCGAGUACGAGUAAAUCAACAACAGUAAAUACAGGAGUCAGUACUACAACUCCUGAACUUAAAACACAAGAUAUGUGCAUAGCAGAUGGAUGCUAUAAUAUAGCUAUUCAACAUGCGGAGUGGGACAAUGAAUAUUGUAGUGUUAGUUGCACCUAUAAGCACUGCAAAGCUACAUUUAUAGCUUGGCUAGAAAACAAUAAAACAGCAAAAGCGAAAGCAGUACCAGCGUCUGUGACUCAAGUAAAUGUAGCUCUUAAUGAAGAAAAAGAAGAAUCAGAAACAAGUUCAACAACCACAUAAAAUGAAGCUACAUGUUUUCAUUAAUAUAACAUUUUUGUAAAUAAAACAAUUAAUUAUACCAUUUCGCAUUAUUAUUGAUUAAAAUUCAGUUAAUUUAUUGUGAACAGUAUUUUUGAUAUUUAUUUUAUGUAACUCAUAUACAUAAUAUCCGACCUACAUUUAUAUAAAAAUAAAAAUAAAUUUUUUAUCUA